AUUGUGCCUGUGUGAUUAGUCCCUUUGAAAUGCCUUGCCUCUCUCGAUGGGCUCUCAUUGCGUCCGUCUUGCAGCUGCGUAGCCAGGCCAGUGGGUGGUGGGAUCGUGGUCAUAGGUUUUUUGUUUUGCGGGUGGGGUUGCGUGGCUUGUUGGGUUUGAGGUGCUGUGGAUGACUCUGGCGAAGUGAUCGAGCUUGCCAAGUGAAGGACUUGGAAGGCGCAGAAGAGAUCCAUGGCUGCUUUUGUGGUGGCCGCGGUGGCCGCCUUGGGCAAUCUUUUGCAAGGAUGGGACGGUGGUGCCAUUGCAGGAGCUCUUUUGUACUUGAAGCCCGAAUUUCAUUUGGAAGAAACACCUGCCCUUGAGGGUGAGGUGGUUGCAUCCACUCUCGUGGGCGCAGUAGCCGCCGUGUGCAUUGCAGGACCGUCUGCGGAUUGGCUUGGUCGGAAAUUCAUGCUGUGCAUAUCCGGUGUUCUUUACGCAAUUGCAGCUCUUGUGAUGAUAUGGUCCCCUAAUGUGUACAUUCUCAUCGUCGGACGUCUUACUGUCGGUUGUGCUAUCGGAUUGGCAGCUACAAUAGCUCCGAUCCUAAUUUCCGAGUCGGCUCCUUCUGAAAUUCGGGGUCAGCUCGCUACGUUCCCACAGUUCCUGGGAUCAGGGGGGUUGUUUCUAGCUUAUGUGAUGGACUUCGUGUUCUCACUGCAGCCUCAAGUGAACUGGAGAUUCAUGCUUGGAAUUUUAUUCGUUCCAGCUGUAAUGUAUGUUGGUCUUGGACUGGUCGUACUGCCGGAAUCACCACGGUGGUUGGUUAGCAAGGGUCGUAUGAACGAAGCGAAGAAGGUGUUGCAGAAGAUUCGAGCCCGAGAUGAUGUUGAUGGGGAGAUGUCUUUGCUGGUUGAGGGUUUGGGAGUUGGUGCUGAAACCCACAUUGAGGAAUGGUUAUUGAAGCCAUCUGAGAAGCUCGCGAAGGAAGAUGACGAGGAUUCGGUUAUCGAAGAAGGUCAAAUUAAGCUGUUUGGUCCAGAUGAUUCAACAUGGGUUGCAACUCCAAUCGUUGACGAAUUUGGUCACUCCAUAGCAAAUACUCUUUCUAGGAGUGCAAUGGCGGAGAGUCGCCUGUCUCAGUUUCUAGAUCCCGUGGUAACAAUGAUGGGGAGUGUUCAAAACAGUUUCCAUGAUAUGGGCUUCAUGUCCCACGAUGACGAUGAGAACAGAUGGGAUGAGGAGAAUCAGGAACCUGGGCUUGAGACGUCGCUGCUUUCUGGUGCGCCUAUGUCUCGCAACAAUUCCAGGGGUGCUGGUUAUACACGGUCUGACUCACAAUCUAAGAAUCGAAGCAAUAUGUCACGACAAAACUCUAGGUCUCGCAGCAGACGGCAAUCCAGGUCUGGAUUUUCUGGGCGCCACUCAAGGUCUUACUCCAAGAACAUUGCACAGGAUGGACAGUUGUCCGAGUUUUCCGGCAGUGUUGGUGUGGGCGGUGGCUGGCAGCUUGCGUGGCGAUGGGAUGAAGGUGCGAAGGACGGCGAAGAAGCAGGUUUGAAGCGUGUAUUCGUUAGAGGCGAUGGUGGUGAUAUGUCACAGUAUAACUCCACUAUGUCUCUCCCGGGAGUCCAGCCUCAGGAGGAUCAUGAAUCUUUCCAGGCUCAAGUUAUUGUUGCUCAAUCGUCACUCUUCUCAAAAGAAUUGUUGGAAGAGCAUCCAGUUGGGCCCGCUAUGAUGCAUCCUGCAGAAACUGCAACCCGAGUGCCUCCAGUUCAAAACUUGUGGGAUGCCGGUGUAAAGCGUGCACUCUUCGUGGGAGUAAUAUUGCAAAUUUUGCAGCAGUUUUCUGGCAUCAAUGCUGUGCUAUACUUUACCCCCCAAAUUCUUAUGCAAUCUGGAGCCGGAGACAUACUGAUUAAAUUUGGCCUUGAUGCGGAAUCCUCCUCAAUCUUGGCGAGUGGUGUUACGUGCUUUCUCAUGCUGCCUUGCAUUUUCCUUGCCAUGAAGCUGAUGGACGUUUCUGGCCGCCGAGGAUUGCUAUUGACGACAUUACCGGCCCUUACUGUCUCCUUGGUAGCACUUGUGAUUGUGAACCUCUUCAAGGCAACUGGCCUCAUUCCUGCACUGAUCUCCUUCAUCUGUGUGACGGUUUUCAUUUGCUCAUUCGUGGCUGGCUUUGGCCCGAUCCCCAACAUCCUCUGCUCCGAGAUUUUCCCCACUCGGGUCCGUGGCACCUGCAUCGGAAUCUGCGCUGGCGCCAUGUGGUCAAGCAACGUGUGCAUCACGUACGCGUUUCCGAUCCUAAACCAGCACUUCGGACUACAAGGAGUGUUCGGCUUCUUCGCCAUAGUCACUUUCAUAGCCUGGAUUUUUGUGUUCCAAUACGUCCCGGAGACGAAAGGCCAGCCCCUGGAGAUCAUUUGCGAGAUCUUUGCCCUGGCUGCAAGGAGUGCUGGGAAAAGGGAUCGAUACGAUGAUGACUACUAAUCUUUCCACGAGGUAGGUGACCCAAAUUAUGAGACCCAAUCCUUCCUCUGCAACAUGCGUUUUGUGUACCGUAUCCCCUUUUUGUUUCGAUGAGGACAAGCUUGGCUUUGUAACGGACUGUCCAUUUCGUGACGAUGGGGGCCCUACAAGCUGCCGAAAGGAGACACCCAGUGGGGGAAGAGUUUGUCUAGUCAUGUGUUUACAACUGAGCAGAGGGAUAUAAGGUUUUCUAUGGCGAUGCAGGAUUUAUUAGGAGGGGUUUUCCGACCUUUAUUCCAUUAGUGUGGAUCUGGGCUGUAUUGAUCAGUUGCAGACCUUCAAAAGCAGCAGCAGAUAUGGCUUCCGACUUUGUGAAGUGCUCUGUUCAGCUGUGGAUGUGCUUGCAGUUGGGGAAGCUCAACUCAUAGCUCUUUCCUGACUGGUGUAAUACACUCAUGUUUAGAAUUGAUUCCAUGUUUCCUCUUUCUCA